AUGCAGCUCACCCUCUCCAAGACCGCGGCGGCCGGGCUGUUGCUGCCCGCCAUACUAGUCGCAGCGGCGCCGCAGAUGAAAUACGGCGAAAACACCGGCCCCGUCGGCGGCGUCAGCCCGCCCAUCCCCAAGGUCACAGCCCCGUCCGGCAGCCUGCGCGGGGGCAGCGACCUGCAGGGCGGCAACGCGCCGGUGGCGGACGUCGACGCCGGGGACGCCGAAGUGCCGGACCCGCAGCUCGUCAACGGGCAAGACGCCGACGCGGACCUCGGGCUGUACCUCAACUUCAACGGGGUCAAGCGGCCGCAGCCGAUCCGCGGCGACUACGGGUCGAGCGACGCGGGCCCGCGCACGUUUGAGUACGAGAAGCUCAACCCGGACCUCUUUGCGCCGCCCGGCACGGACAAGGGCGGCGUGCCCAACGCCAAGUGGCCGCUGGGCCUGUCGCACAACCGGCCGGGGUACCGCGGGCGGGCGGGCUGGGCGCGGCAGCAGAACACGGCGGUGCUGCCCAACGCCAAGAAGAUGGCGGGCGUCGACAUGAAGCUCGCGCCGCACGCGUACCGCGAGCUGCACUGGCACACGGCGGGCGAGUGGGCGCUGGUGCUCAAGGGGUGCGUGCGCGUGGCGGCCGUCAACGACGAGAACCAGUCCUUCACCGACGACGUGUGCGAGGGCGACGUGUGGUUCUUCCCGCCGGGGAUCCCGCACUCGAUCCAGGCCUUUGACCGGGGCGUCGAGUUCCUCCUCGUCUUCGACCAGGGCGACUUUGACGAGAACGGCACCUUUCUCGUCUCGCAGAUGUUUGCCCGCACGCCGCGCGAGGUGCUGUCCAAGAACAUGCAGGCCGACGUCGACGCCUUCAAGGACCUGCCCAAGGACGAGCUGUACAUCUUCAACGGCACGCCGCAGCCCAAGGACAUCCACGAGCAGAACACGACGGCCCCCGGCGGCUUCCUCUCGGGCAACGGCUCCUACACGUACCACUGGUCGCGCCAGGAGGCCUACAGGGUGCCCGGCGGCUCCGUCAAGAUCCUCGACCCGACCAGCUUCCCCGUCGCCGCCAUGUUCUCGGCCGCCCUCGUCACCGUCGAGCCGGGCGCCAUGCGCGAGAUGCACUGGCACACCACGUCGGACGAGUGGGACUACUUCCUGCAGGGCUCCGGGCGCGCAACCAUCUACGUGGCCCCGGACGCCGGCCGCACCUUUGACUUCACCGCCGGCGACGUCGGCUACAUCUCGCAGGCCGACGCCCACUACAUCGAGAACACGGGCACCGAGGACCUCGUCUUCCUCGAGGUCCUCCAGGCGCCCAAGUUCUCCGACAUCUCCGUCGCCCAGUGGCUGGCCCUGACGCCCAAGCAGACCGUCGUCGACCACCUCAAGCUGCCGGACAAGGUCGUCGACAACCUGCCCAAGCAAAAGACGAUUCUCAAGACGGGCAACACCAACCUGACGGCUCUCGCCGGCGGCGGCAAGGCAUACUGA